GUCCGGAGCAAAAUGGAGCUCUCCCGUGCGUUUGGAUUCUGGACCGUCCGAUCGUUUUCCUGAUGCGAUUCCUGCCGUCGGAUCUCGGGCUUGGCUCACGUGAGGCGUCGGAUAUUUACCAGAUUGCUGUGAGCCGUCGGAUAAAAUUCCAAUGGCAACAUAAUGUAAAUACCGUGCCCCCAUCAGGGCAUUUCGGUAAUUUCGCGUAGUGGAGGUAUAAAAGGGGGCCUCUCUUUUGACGGAGACCUAGCCGCCUCCUCCCUCGCUCGCUCCUGCAGCCGCCUCCCUCCCUCCCUCCCACGCAGCUUCCUCCCUCACUCGCUCGCUCCUCAUCCGGCGACGGCGGCGGCGGCUCCCGUGCCCGCAUUCUUCCUCCCCCAACACGCCACCGCGUGGCCCCGCACGCCUAGGCGGCUCCCACCAACCACGGCGACGGCGGCAGCGGCCACGGAGGAGGGCGGCGGAUCAGCAGCGCCGGCGAUGGCGUCCGUGGCGGCGGUGGAUUCCUGCCGUCCACUCAAUCCCGCGCUCGAUCUCCUAGCCCCUCCUCUCCUGCGCUCGUUUCCCUGCUGCCUCUCUCAUGAAGAAGAAGGGGUGGUUCUCGGCACAGGCUGGGCUGGCACCUCCUUCCUCAAGAACCUCGACUCCUCCCGCUACGAGGUGAAGGUCAUCUCGCCCCGCAACUGCUUCGCGUUCACGCCGCUGCUCCCCAGCGUCACCUGCGGCACCGUGGAGGCGCGCAGCGCCGUCGAGCCGAUACAGAGGAUGUUCGAGAAGAAUGGGAAGGAUGUCGCGUAUUAUGAAGCAGAGUGCUUGAAGAUCAAUCUGACGAAGAAAGCCGUCCACUGCCGCUCUGCCGUCGGCACUAAUUUGGAUGGGAAUGGCGAUUUCAUGCUUGAUUAUGAUUACUUGGUUGUCGCUCUUGGAGCUGCUGUCAAUACAUUUAACACUCCUGGCGUGAUGGAGCAUUGCCACUUUCUGAAGGAAGUGGAGGAUGCCCAAAAGAUUCGGAAGAGCUUGAUAGACUGCUUUGAAAGGGCGUCAAUUCCUAACAUCAGUGAAGAGGAGCAUGGGAAAUUUUCCUGAACAUGGGAAAUAGCCAGGUUUGACCAAAGGAUAGCUGUGUUUGCUGAAUCAAAGUUCCAAAGAGAUGGCAUCAAGUUGAGUACAGGAUUCAGAGUGAUAAAGGUCUCCGAUGAUUCAAUUACGGUGAAGUGCAAAUCAUAUGGUGUAGAAACAUUGGUGCCGUAUGGAAUGGCUAUUUGGUCUGCGGGUAUUGGUACUCGCCCCGUCGUUACAGACUUCAUGAAUCAAGUUGGUCAGGGCAAACGACGUGCCUCUGCUGCACUCGUCGAUCCGUAGAUUGGUCCACGAUUCAUGACCUUCGGGUCAAUCCCCUGGUCGGUGACUCCUUCGAUAUGUGCGUGCACAUCAUCUAUUAGCAGCCUCGUCCAUCUUCGUUCACGGAUCUGCAGAAAUAAGAAACGGGAGGAGCAGGGGUGGUCACACAAGCAGAAUGGCCACACAAGGUGUUCUCUCAUUGUCGCACUACUGGCCACCUCUCCUCUCCAUGGCGCUCAAUUCUGUGACAGGAGCCUGUUUUGUGUGCCGCACAGCUAUCCCAAAGGUGUAGUUGUCGUUGUACAGAGUUGUACUUCCUUGCCGGAAACCUCUCCAAUUCUGUGGUGUCAGCUAUGACCUGGAGAGAGGUGUUUAGACUCCCUAAGAUGGCACAUGUCGCUGAGGAGACGUGAUCUCCGAGCAGCCCUUCUCAUAGCUCGCAGUCCAGGUCGAUGCCAAAUUCAACUUCCAGGAGGCUUUUUCUGCUGUGGCUGCAGCGUUAAGCAUUUGAAUGGAGCACAUAUAGGCAUCCCCCGGUUCAUUUUAGAGUCACUUGGUUGUUUGAUGCGUUCGUGCUCGUCGGCGGGACGGUGCAAGGCGCAACUCCGACGCGGUUCCUCGCCGGUUGGACGGCAUUCAGGCGCAACCCCGGCGCGCACUGAGUACUGCCUUGGCUAUAACCUCCCUCGAAAUUUAGUUCAUAUGAAAGAAAAGAAAGGCAUACAGUACCUGGCAUUGACAUUGGGAGCAUGGGCUACUGCUCGCACCUCUACCUACAGGUUACAGGUUCCUUCCUUUCUCUAUAUGGUGGCCUAGGAAGGAAGAUUUUUGUUAACUCAUUCAGGUGUUGUCAAAUGCUCCAGAAUUUUAUUAACUCAUAUGAGUGUUGUCAAAUGCUCUAGAUAUUAUAUAGUCCGUUCUACAGGGUGUUGUUUGGGUGAUUUAGUUGGAGAAAAUAAUCUCUACCUACAGCUACAUUAACUGGUACCACCAUUGCUGGGCAUUGAUUGCCAAUAGAAAUUCUCUCCUCGAAUGUUUGUAAAAACAAGGGUGCAGUGAGGCUUAACUAAAGGAAUGCCUGGAAAGUUGCAUACUCUGUGAACCAUGUAUGUCCUGUGUUUAUCCAACAUUUGGUCCUAUAUUUUCAACUUUUGUGUCUACUUGAGAAAAGGAGGAAAAACUACAGUUCAAAGCCUUUUAUAAAAUGCAUCUCACUUUAUUUUCUAAGAUAUAAAAAUUACUUGAAUUAUCUGUAGCAUACUUCUCUGUCAUCCAAUAUAGGUCUCCCAGGCGAUCUAAAUAAAUAUCAAGGAUAUAAUUAGGCACACAUGUCACUUUUUUCUUUCUUAACCUGUAUGAAGAAAUAAGAAAACCUGUAUUAGCAAAAUCGUUUAAUAUUGUUAGUCGAGCAGUACACAUGUAUGAACAAAAAAGGGACAUGUAUGAAUAGAAUCGUUCAAUAGUUUUAGUCGAGCAGUAUAUAGAAAAACCGGCCCAAAUGCAUAUGGAGUAUUCAAGUUGAACAAGCCAAUUGGAUGGUAGAAUAUGCUAUCAGGCUUAAACUUUAUAUUGAUUGAAGAGAAAAUAUAGAAAAGUAAGGGCUGAAGGUAAAUAGAAAUAUAGGAUACUGCCAGGCAUGUGUUUAACUAAACAACAAGCAUUCAUUUGUGCACUUCCUCAUCUAAAAUAAUCAUAUCAUUUCUAUUAUCCUUUAUCUCACAUUCUCACCAGUGCACUGUGCCAGUCAGUGGUCCUGCUAUCUGAACUUCAUUGCUCUUAUUUUGGUUCAUUUCUUUGCAACAUUUUAUUCCUAUUGUAGCCUUCAAUCAGUUUUAGCCUUGAAUAAUUCUGUAUCUUUAGCCUUUAAUCAGUUUGCAUUUCCCCCUUAUUUUGAUACAUUGCUCUACGACAGUUUAUUCUGAUUGUGUUACAGGUACUUUAAUUGUAAGUGAGUUCUAUCAUGCACAAUCAUGUAUGCACACCGGUCUAUCCAGAAGAUUAGGUCACGGCCCUCUCUGCCCGGGCCGCCGGCUCCCCGGAGGGCCGCAUCCGGCCUGCCGCAAGUACACCUAAGCUACGGCCUCCCCGGGGGCCGUAAUUGGAAGUGGAUGACCAAGGAGAAGGUGCACGGUGGGGGCCAUGCGCUUAAGUGGGAGGCGAGCUCGCCUCCCCCAACGACAACGGCUUCGACCUCAAGUGAAAGUGGGAGGCCAAGUCCAAGCCUGUCGCUGCCGGCAAGGCUAAAACCAAGUGGGGCACCGAGGAAGCCAGCAAGGAUGAGAAGAGGCCGGCGAGGAAGUGCGUCCAGAGCAAGGAGAUCCCCGCUGGCUGAGACGUCCAGAUCGAAGUACUUAGCAGAAAAGAUGAGAUUUUUGUGGGGGUUUGGCCCCGAUUUGAAUGAAAUGUAGGAUUUUCAGUACUCCAGUAGCAUACUCCAGUACUUUUUUUAACUAUAUCUGAUUAUAGAUAUUUUAUAUAGUAUCAUAUUCUGUUAAGAAACAAUUUUGCUUUUUGCUUGACAUUGAUGUGGUGGUGUUUUGUCAUAUUUUUAUACCAUGUCUUCAGGAUUUUCAGUUC